UUAUUUCACUCACUCCACGUCGGUAACUUGAAGGAACAACACGCGUUCAAUUGUUUUUGCGAAUUUUUAUUUUCAAUACAAGUUUGUAAACUGCCAGUGUUUGUUUUGUGAGUGAAUAAUAUUUUGACAACAUGUGUGAGAAGAGAAUAAGGAAAAUCAAAAAAGGUUCCAACCUUAUGCGUCUGAGAGAGGCAAGGCGCUUACAGCGGCUGCAGCGAUUGUCGUCGCCGCCGGCGCCCGAGGUGCCCCGGCCCUGCCAGUCGCAGCCGCUCCCACCCAGCAACAAUGGAGCCCAGAACAGAGUUCUCCUAGAACUCGCCUGGAAAACCGUUGCCCUCAUGCACAAAAAUAGGAUAAUCCAACAAAAAAUUGUAGCUCUACAAAAAGAAACGUCCGAAUUCGUAGCUUCAGUCAUGAAUAACCCUGACAACAAGCAGCGGUACAUGGAACACCUCCGCGCCCACAAGCUCGCGCAACAAACGCAAGCGCAGCCUCCUCAAAUUGAAAACAACAAUCUGCCAUUAAAAGUUGAACCAACUGUAUAAUCAACUUUGCCUGUCUGUAUGACUGAAGCGAAUGCACGAGUGUAAAUAAAUGAACUGUCUAUUUUUAGGUUAUGGAAAUGUUGUAUUGUCAUAAUUACGAGUAUGAUAAUUAAAUUUGAGUUUUGAAUGUUCUAGAUAUAAACUUGCGUUAUUAGCGAUCUUUCAAUUUGCAUCGAAUUCCAAAACUUUUACAUAUGCAAU